AGGGGUUUUCAGCCAUGGGUAUGAAGUAGUUCCUGCGGUCCGGGAAACUGGGUUUGUCUACGUCAUCCUUGCGCAGUCCAGCUUGUAUCUACGACAGGACAUACUCCACCGCCAGGGCCUUCCAGUUGCGAGGGUGGGGAAUCGAAAUGGUAAUUGGGCUUCAUUUCCCGAGGAAUCCGAUCUUUAGACAUGAAUGCUCACUAGUUCGUGACAGAAUGAGAUGUCUCUCAACUUUAGAUUAUUGCUUACCUGUCGGAAGUCACAUGACUGCAAUCGUUCCCAAAGGGGAAAUAGUGGAAAUACACGUCGCGUCCCUCAACUAACUGUCAACUCAACACUCACUCACAGCCUGAUCGGCGAGAGGGCACCAUGAGCGAGGAGUGUGCGAAUCCCCUACUUUUGGGGUGGAUUAAAGAAUGGCUGGAUCAGGCCCGCGAGCGCAACAGCAAAGGCGUGACAGUGUACAAAAAAGCCUAUGAGUCGAUGAAAGCGUGUCCCUUGGCUUUCGAGCAUCCUUCACAAGCACAACAACUGAAUGGACUCGGCCCAAAACUGUGUGACCGACUGACAGACAAGCUGAAGGCCUACUGCCAAGAAAAUGGACUUCCUGUGCCACAAGUCCCUGGUCAAGGUAAUAAAAGGACAUCAGAUACAGGCGUUGCUGAACAACCGGCGAAGAAGCCACGAAAAGCCAAACCUUAUGUACCAACUCUACGUUCUGGACCAUAUGCGCUGUUGUUAGGUCUGGCUACUCAAGGCGAGAACCCAGGUCAAGGUAUGACAAAAGCUCAUCUGAUAGAGGUGGCACAACCGUACUGUGACAGUUCAUUUACUGCACCCCCGGAUCCAUCGAAGUUCUACACGGCAUGGAAUUCUAUGAAGACGUUGAUCCAAAAGGACCUCGUUUACGAACACGGUCGCCCACUCAGGAGAUAUGCGCUUUCUGAGGAGGGCUGGGAAGUGGCCAAACGUAUUCAAAAGACUUUGCCUGGCGCAUCAGAGAAUAUUCCCGCCCCUACAGUGAGCAAUUCUCGAAAACAACCGACGCAAAUGGCCCCUGCGCACGGGACCAGAUCCCUCCCAGGCGAUGGCGAUGACGACUUUGUAAUACAAGCACUGCCUACCAGCUUCGUUGGGCAAAGCUCUCACACCGACGGCCCUACGGAACCUAUCACCCUUCCCCCAGGAAGUUUUACCGUCGAGUUAGUGCUCGAUACUCGAGAAGUACGCACUCAAAAAGACCGAGACUAUAUUGCCAACGAGCUCAUAAAGAAAGGCAUCACACCCCAGGUGCGGGCUCUGGAGCUAGGCGAUAUAAUGUGGGUGGCCAAGUGUCGGGACCCUGCAUAUCUCACUCGUUAUGGCGAAGAAUGUGAUGAGGUAAUGCUGGACUGGAUCCUCGAAAGAAAGCGUCUCGACGAUCUCAUUGGCUCUAUCAAAGAUGGACGAUUCCACGAGCAGAAAUUUCGUCUCAAACGAUCGGGUAUCAAAAAUGUCAUCUACCUCAUCGAAGAAUUCUCAGUGGCGCACGCCGAUGCUGGUCCCAGCAGUGCAUCGAAGUACCAGGAGAUGGCCGCUUCGGCGAUUGCAUCGACCCAGGUGGUUAAUGGGUACUUUUUGAAGCAAACUCGUUCUCUCGACGACUCGAUCCGAUAUCUCGCCCGUAUGACUCGACUGCUUCGCAAAAUGUACGGCGCGCAGGAUUCGCCCUGCCACGAGCCUCGUCUCAGCCAAAGCGAUUCCACAUCGAGUCCGAACUCGGUUGCUGUUGUUCCAAGCCGGCGCAUCUCCUCAAUACAGUCUUACCUCAGUCUAUUGGAUGACCUCCGAGCGAGGGACUCGUCCGUCACGUUCGGUGUCACAUUCUCCACAUUCUCAGCUCUUGCUUCCAAGUCCAACACCUUAACCCUUCGGGACGUCUUUUUGAAGAUGCUCAUGUGUAUGCGUCAUGUGACCGGUGAGAAAGCAAUGGCGAUCCAGCGACUAUGGCCGACGCCGCGGCACCUUGUGGAAGCAUACAUGGCACUAGAGCCUAGCGAGCGGGAAACAUUGAUGUCGGAUAAAUUACAGUCUGUCGUGGGACGGAAAACCUUCGGCAAAGUAUUAAGCAAGAAGGUUGCCGAGGUGUGGGGAGCAUCUGGAUGAUCAAUGGCUUUUAAAGAGCAAAGCUACAUAGAUAUGGUUCUAAAUUAAAGGAUGAAACGAAUGAAACUUAAUUUGAUGGGAAUCAGUAAAGGAA